GUCCCUUAGGUGCUCUGACCAGCCAUCCAUGGUUUUGCUUUCUCUCUGUGAUGGUUACUCUUCAUUCCGAUGUUGAAAGAUUGCAUGUAUUGUGCAAAAUGAGGGAAGCGAGAUCUACCAGCAGGCGGUGGGGGCUGCUUUUAUUCCUUUCGCAGUUCAGCACCAAGGAUGGUGGAAUAGCCACCUGAACAUGGGGAGAAAAACAACAAGUAGUUCUCGCCUGACAGAGACACACACAGGUUGGCGGAGGAUCCGCCAACAGCUGCGAAGAAAACAACGUCUGGUAUAUGAAGAGGAGCCUCUCUCUCUCUCCUCAUUAAGUCAUGUCUGACCCAGAGAGAUGGGCAAGCUCGAGGAUAACGAGAGGGUGAUCCUCAACGUGGGGGGCACCCGGCACGAGACCUACCGGAGCACGCUGAAGACCCUGCCGGGGACCCGGCUGGCCCUGCUCGCCUGCGAGUCCCAGAGCGAGUCGUCGGGCGGGGAAGAGCAGCCGCCGCCACCGGCUCCCCCGCCACCGCCUCCCCCCAACCUGCCCCCGCAGGUGCCGGGCGGCUGCCCGGAGGCCAGCAGCGGCGGCCCCAGCGAGUUCUUCUUCGACCGGCACCCGGGGGUCUUCGCCUAUGUGCUCAACUACUACCGCACGGGCAAGCUGCACUGCCCGGCCGACGUGUGCGGGCCGCUCUUCGAGGAGGAGCUCGCCUUCUGGGGCAUCGACGAGACCGACGUGGAGCCCUGCUGCUGGAUGACCUACCGCCAGCACCGCGACGCCGAGGAGGCGCUCGACAUCUUCGAGACCCCCGACCUCAUCAACGGCGAGCCGCCCCUCGACGGCGACGACGACGACCUGGCCGCCAAGAGGCUGGGCAUCGAGGACGUGGGGGCGGCGGCCGGGCCCCCCGACGGCGUGGGCGGGCGCUGGAGACGGCUGCAGCCCCGGGUGUGGGCGCUCUUCGAGGACCCCUACUCCUCCCGGGCCGCCAGGUUCAUUGCUUUUGCCUCUUUAUUCUUCAUCCUAGUUUCAAUUACAACCUUUUGUUUGGAAACCCAUGAGGCUUUCAAUACUAUUAUAAACAAAACCGAGCAUGCCAUCAAUGGCACAGAGGUGGUUCUACAGUAUGAAAUUGAGACAGAUCCUGCUCUGACGUAUGUGGAAGGAGUCUGCGUGGUGUGGUUUACAUUUGAAUUUUUAGUCCGUGUUGUUUUUUCACCCAAUAAACUUGAAUUCAUCAAAAAUCUCUUGAAUAUCAUUGACUUUGUGGCCAUUCUGCCCUUUUACCUAGAGGUGGGCCUGAGUGGGCUCUCCUCCAAAGCUGCUAAGGAUGUGCUUGGCUUCCUCAGGGUGGUGAGGUUUGUGAGAAUCCUGCGAAUCUUCAAACUCACCCGGCACUUUGUAGGCCUCAGAGUGCUGGGCCACACACUCCGAGCUAGCACCAAUGAGUUUUUGCUGCUGAUAAUAUUCCUGGCACUAGGUGUGUUGAUAUUUGCCACCAUGAUCUACUAUGCUGAGCGAGUAGGGGCCCAGCCCAAUGACCCAUCUGCUAGUGAGCACACGCAGUUCAAAAAUAUCCCCAUUGGCUUCUGGUGGGCUGUGGUCACCAUGACUACCCUUGGGUAUGGGGACAUGUAUCCUCAGACUUGGUCAGGCAUGUUAGUGGGUGCUCUGUGUGCUCUCGCUGGGGUGCUGACUAUAGCCAUGCCCGUGCCUGUCAUUGUCAACAAUUUUGGAAUGUACUACUCCCUGGCAAUGGCGAAGCAGAAACUUCCAAGAAAGAGGAAGAAGCACAUCCCUCCUGCUCCUCAGGUGAGCUCCCCUACCUUUUGCAAGACAGACUUGAAUAUGGCCUGCAAUAGCACACAGGGAGAUGUCUGCCUCGGCAAAGACAACCGGUUGAUGGAACACAACAAAUCAGUGUUAUCAGGUGAAGACAGUGCUGGAAGUGAGCAGCCACUCUCACCUGGGGAAAGGCACCCACCAAUCAGACGCUCUAGUACCAGAGACAAAAACAGAAGAGGGGGAACAUGUUUCCUACUGACAACAGGUGAUUACACGUGUGCUACUGAUGGAGGGAUCAGGAAAGUGUUGUACAGAAUUUAUCAUGGAUUUUUGACUGCUGAAAAAGGGACAAUGGAAUUUAGCCAUACCAAGGACUGUACUGGAAAGAGACUACUGCUGCUGAAUGGGCCAUGAUAAACAACUCGUGCAUUGAACAGGUCAUUAAGCCGUCACAUGGGAAGUAGAGAUUAUUAUGAAGAUGAAGGACUGAUUUCAAUUGCUGCUGCCAGUGGAAGAGGUGACUAGUCACUGUUGAUGAGUCAGCUGUAAAUACAACGUGUGUGCAUGGAAUAUCAGCGUUUGCCAUCUAUGUCAGAGGAAGCUGAAUUCAAAGUCAUCAGAUCUCAGACUCCAUGCAAAGAACCACGUGCCUCUCUCUGUGUAUUCUCCCUGGUUCCCGCAGUAUGGUUGUGCUGUGGAUCAUGCAAAGGCACACACUUACAAUGAUAGUGAUGUAAACUACAUCUGUCUUCACUUCCCUCAUAACAAAGGUAUUUUUUUUGCAAGGGUCAUGACCAUGGACAGAGUGGAUUUUGCUACAAGUUCUUGUUUUCUCAGUUUGCCAUAUCUAUAUUUUUAUGAAUUCCAGUGUACAUGCCAAUUUUUGUUUACUUUUCACUUUGAUAAGAGAAAUGUGACUGCAGACAAACAUCACAGACUUUGUUCACAGUACACAGUCUUUUUUCAUUGUUACCUCAGACUAUAAGUAUUAUGAGAAAUAAAAUUCUGUCAGCAAGAAUAUUUGGGUUUUUUAUUCAAACUAUCACAGAAGCAACAUCAAUAAAUAUCAAAUAUGUAUUAAAAUUAUAUCCUAAAUAUGUAUAUUUUGCAUAAGAGAGAUAUUCUUUGAUCAAUUACUUUUUGUGAGUUUUGUGGUAAAUUGAUCUAGUCUGUUCUAUGUCUUUGAUGCAUUGUAGUUGGUACAGUGUAUUAAUUAUGUUCUCCCCAUCCUAUUUAAUGAGAAUUUCUCCAGAAUAUGUUUGUCAUCCUGGUAUCCUGAAUGUAGGGACUAUCCCAGUUGUGAAACUCUGUAUCGUGGAACUUUUGUGAACACGUCAAGGUGCAUGCACAAUCCUGGUGGAAACUAAUAGAAAUGUAACUAACUGAAAUGGAGAAUAAAAGGCAAAUGAUUUGGGGAUGAGCUUGGAACAUACCUUAUAAUAUGGCUCAUGUGCUUUCUUUAGGUUAAUGGCCUUUGAACAUUGUUACGAUUUAUAUACUUCCCCAGACCAGUCUCCUGGGGCACAUACAAAGAGCUCAUUCAAAGAAUUAGGUUUGAAACAAUCUAAAAAUCUUUCUCUAGGAAUCUUGUUUCCUUCCUGUUACUGAUCCCAGGGCUUGUGUGGAAAUAGGCACUGGGCUAGUUAAUUAUAAAUUAAAUAAUAGACCACUGUAUCCUGGAGUGUAGUGACACUAAAAGAAUUUAGUGGUCAUGGUAGGUAACCAACUGAACACGAACUUCCAGUGCCAGACUGUAUAUAUAAUGGCAAAUGUGAUCUUUGGACAUAAAAUCAGGGGAAUAACAAAUAGGAGCAGAGAGGUGUUACUAUCUCUGUAUGUUGUAUUAGAGAGUCCUUUACUGGAAUACUUUGCCCAGAUCUGGUUCUCCACUUCAAAGGGAUGUUGAAAAAGUAUGUGGGAUUGUUUUUGUUUUGUUGUUUAAAAGGUUUCAGAAAAGACCUACAAGAAUGAUUCAAGGUCUAGAAAUUUGCCUUAUAAUGAGAGACUAAAGAAGCUCAAAGACUAAGAGGCGACUUGGUCUACAAGUAACUACACAAAGAGAUUUUUGAUAGCAGAGGUCUGUUUAAACUGGCAGAAAAAGGCAUAAUGAGAGCCAGUGGUUGGAAGUUCAACUACUUCAGAUCUGAAGUAAAGUGCAAAAUUUGAACAGAAAGGGUAAUUAUUAAUUGGAACAAUUUACCUAGGGAUGCGGGUUCUCCAUUGCUUGAAGUCUUUACAACAAGAAGGGAUGUCUUUUCUAAAAGCUGUAGCUCAAACAGAAAUUAUCGGUUUGAUGUAGAAAUUGCAGGGUGAGGUUCUGUGAUCUGUGUUACGCGGGGAGUCAGUGUACAUGACCAUAACAAUCC